UCGAAAAAACACACUUUCUCCUCUCUCUCUCUCUCUCUCUCUUCCGCGAUUACCGUCUGUCUCUGUGACAAAGGUUCGAAACGCUAUCCCUCUCUCUCUCUUUCCACGAUGAACACGACGCCGUUUCAAUCAGAUCCUCCCCCAUCGAGGAUGCAGCGAAAACUCGUCGUCGAAGUAGUCGAAGCCCGCAACCUCCUCCCGAAAGACGGCCAAGGAAGCUCAAGCGCCUACGUCGUCGUCGAUUUCGACGCUCAGAAGAAACGAACCUCCACUAAGUUCCGCGACCUGAACCCUAUCUGGAACGAGAUGCUCGAUUUCGCCGUCAACGACCCUCAGAACAUGGACUACGACGAGCUCGACAUCGAGGUCUACAACGACAAACGCUUCGGCAACGGCGGCGGCCGGAAAAACCAUUUCCUCGGUAGGGUUAAGAUCUACGGAAGCCAGUUCUCUAGACGCGGCGACGAAGGCCUUGUCUACUUCCCUCUGGAGAAGAAGAGCGUCUUCAGCUGGAUUCGCGGCGAGAUUGGGCUCAAGAUUUAUUACUACGACGAAGUCGCCGACGAAACCAUGGACAUCGGUGGCCACCACCAACAACAACCACCGCCGCCGCAACCGCAAGAAGCUGAUGAACAGUUUAUUCCUCCUCCGCCGCAGCAGAUGCAUAAUCUACCUCCGGAGAAACCGUCUUUCGAGUCGGCGCAGAGUCAUAGCUAUCAAGAACCUCAGCAACCGCCGGUGGUUAUCGUCGAGGAAUCUCCGCCGCAGGAGGUAAUGCAAGGUCCUAGCGAUAACCAUCCUCCGCGACCGCCGUCUCCGCCUCACGAGGUGCACCGUUAUCCGCCGGAGGUGAGGAAGAUGCAGGUGGGGAGACCUCCCGGCGGAGACAGAAUCAGAGUCGCCGCGGCGAAACGGCCUAACGGAGAUUUCUCGCCUAGGGUUAUCAACAGCAAGAUCGGAGGAGCCUCGGAAGCGACGAUGGAUAAGAAGACUCAUCACCCUUACAACCUCGUCGAGCCAAUGCAGUAUCUCUUCGUCAGGAUCGUGAAGGCGCGUGGACUCCCGCCGAACGAGAGCGCGUACGUUAAAGUGCGGACGUCAAACCAUUUCGUGAGGUCUAAACCGGCUGUUAACCGGCCUGGCGAACCAACGGAUUCUCCGGAGUGGAAUCAGGUUUUCGCGCUGGGACAUAACCGAACAGACUCCGCCGCGUCCGGCGCGACUCUUGAAAUCUCCGCGUGGGACGCUUCGUCGGAGAGUUUCCUCGGCGGCGUUUGUUUCGAUCUCUCCGAGGUUCCGGUUCGCGACCCGCCGGAUAGUCCGCUUGCUCCUCAGUGGUACCGCCUCGAAGGCUCAGCUGCCGAUCAGAACUCCGGGAGAGUCUCCGGCGAUAUUCAGCUCUCUGUAUGGAUCGGCACUCAGGUAGACGAGGCUUUCCCGGAGGCGUGGAGCUCCGACGCUCCACACGUGGCGCACACUCGCUCCAAGGUGUACCAGUCGCCGAAGCUUUGGUACUUGAGAGUGACGGUUCUCGAGGCGCAGGAUCUCCACAUUGCUCCGAACCUUCCGCCGUUGACGGCGCCUGAGGUCCGUGUGAAAGCUCAGUUAGGGUUUCAGUCGGCGAGGACAAGACGAGGCUCGAUGAAUAAUCACAGUGGCUCGUUUCAUUGGCAUGAAGAUAUGAUCUUUGUCGCUGGAGAGCCGUUAGAAGAUUGUUUGAUGCUGAUGGUUGAGGAUAGGACGAGUAAAGAGCCAAUGGUUCUAGGGCACGCGAUGAUCCCAGUGAGCUCCAUUGAGCAGAGAAUCGAUGAGCGCUUUGUGCCGUCUAAAUGGCAUGCUUUGGAAGGAGAAGGUGGUGGUGGUGGUGGUGGAGGACCUUACUGUGGAAGGAUAAGCUUAAGACUGUGUCUUGAAGGUGGGUAUCACGUGCUUGAAGAGGCGGCGCACGUGUGUAGCGACUUCCGUCCCACGGCUAAGCAGCUAUGGAAACCACCGAUCGGAGUACUUGAGCUGGGGAUACUCGGAGCUCGUGGGUUGUUACCGAUGAAGGCUAAAAACGGAGGGAAAGGCUCCACUGAUGCGUACUGUGUAGCUAAGUACGGCAAGAAAUGGGUUCGGACACGAACCAUAACUGACAGUUUCGACCCGAGAUGGCACGAGCAGUACACGUGGCAGGUUUACGAUCCCUGCACUGUCCUAACCGUUGGGGUGUUCGACAACUGGAGAAUGUUCUCAGACGUCUCCGAUGAUAGACCUGAUACUCGGAUAGGGAAGAUACGGAUACGAGUCUCGACGUUAGAGAGCAACAAAGUGUACACCAACUCGUAUCCUCUACUGGUUCUGUUACCCAGCGGUCUGAAAAAGAUGGGUGAAAUCGAAGUGGCGGUCCGGUUUGCUUGCCCGUCGCUGCUACCUGAUGUUUGCUCGGCGUACGGACAACCACUUCUACCUCGGAUGCACUAUAUAAGACCUCUAGGUGUAGCACAACAAGAUGCAUUGAGAGGAGCGGCCACGAAAAUGGUUGCAGCGUGGCUGGCUCGAGCAGAACCACCGUUGGGACCAGAGGUGGUUCGGUACAUGUUGGAUGCAGAUUCACAUUCGUGGAGCAUGAGGAAGAGCAAAGCGAAUUGGUAUAGGAUCGUUGGGGUUUUAGCUUGGGCGGUGGGUUUAGCUAAAUGGUUAGAUAAUAUCCGGCGGUGGAGGAAUCCAGUGACGACGGUGCUAGUCCACAUUCUAUAUCUGGUUCUUGUGUGGUACCCUGAUUUGGUCGUCCCGACAGCGUUCUUGUAUGUGGUUAUGAUCGGAGUUUGGUACUACCGGUUUAGACCCAAGAUACCGGCUGGCAUGGAUAUCCGGUUAUCACAAGCCGAAACUGUUGAUCCUGAUGAGCUAGACGAAGAGUUCGACACCAUACCAAGCUCAAGGCGACCGGAAGUGAUCAGAGCUAGGUAUGAUCGGUUAAGGAUAUUAGCGGUGAGGGUUCAGACUAUUCUAGGGGAUUUUGCAGCGCAGGGGGAACGGAUUCAAGCGUUGGUUAGCUGGAGAGAUCCGAGAGCAACUAAGUUGUUCAUAACAAUAUGUUUGGUGAUCACGAUAGUUCUGUAUGUGGUUCCGGCGAAAAUGGUGGCGGUGGCUCUUGGGUUUUACUAUCUUAGGCAUCCGAUGUUUAGGGACACAAUGCCUACGGCGACUCUCAGUUUUUUCCGGCGGUUGCCAAGCUUGUCUGAUCGGCUCAUCUAAGGGUGUGUUUUUUUUGAGUGUCCAGGUCUCGUAUGAUACUUGAGUUGAGGAAGAGAAUAGAAUAAAGAUUCAUUUUGUGUUAAGAUUUAAAAGCUAUGAUUUAUAUCAUAUUAAUAUUAUGAUUCGUUAUUUUA